CACCAAGCACAAGCAUAGUGUCAAAACUCAAAAAUCUGACAGAGAGAAGAAGAAGAAGAAGAAGCAACCGUCUCCGUUAAGGUCAAAUCUCCUCAACCACCAACUAAAACCGAACGCCGGAGCUCUCCGCCGCCGUACACGGCAAAACCGACGCCUCUGAAUCUUAUGCUAUACACGAUCGGCUGCGUUCCGCGACUCUCGUCGGCGGGGACGGAAUUCCCGGUGACUCACCGGUGGCCAGUGGAAAAUCAUCAUCGCGUCUCUGAUUACUAUGAAGAACCAGGGAAAGGACAACGGUUGCAAGACCAAUGGAUUCGUUCCUUCUUCCUUCAAGUUCAUUUCGUCUUGCAUUAAGACUGCCUCGUCCGGCGUCCGUUCCGCCGGCGCCUCCGUCGCUGCUUCCAUCAACGGCGACGCUGAAGACCGCAAAGACCAGGUGCUUUGGGCUUGCUUUGACAGGGUAGAGCUUGGUCUGUCCUCUUUCAAACACGUCCUCUUGCUCGGUUAUUCCAAUGGCUUUCAAGUUCUGGAUGUGGAAGAUGCUUCUAAUAUCAGGGAACUUGUCUCAAAACGUGAUGAUCCAGUUUCAUUUUUACAGAUACAGCCUGUCCCUGCGAAGUCAGAAAAUUUCGAAGGAUUUAGAGCAUCACAUCCUUUACUAUUAGUUGUUGCAUGUGAUAAAUCAAAGAUUCCCGGUACAAUGCAAAAGUUUAGAGAUGGGCAUAAUGAAGCUCCAGCCGAAAAUAUUGUUAGCUCAGCUACAACUGUUAGAUUCUACUCACUAAGGUCCCAUACUUAUGUUCAUGCUUUGAGAUUCCGUUCGACUGUAUACAUGGUUAGAUGCAGUCCUCAAAUAGUGGCUGUUGGUCUUGCUACUCAAAUAUACUGUUUUGAUGCUCUUACUCUUGAGAAUAAGUUCAGUGUUCUCACUUAUCCAGUGCCUCAGUUGGUUGGCCAAGGAAUGGUUGGGGUUAAUAUUGGCUACGGUCCUAUGGCUGUAGGGUCUCGGUGGUUAGCUUAUGCGUCCAACAACCCAUUGUUGUCAAACACAGGUCGCUUAAGUCCCCAGAGUCUCACUCCUUCUGCUGUCAGCCCAUCAACAUCGCCGAGCAGCGGAAACCUGGUAGCCCGAUAUGCCAUGGAAUCUAGCAAGCACUUGGCUGCUGGGCUGAUCAACCUUGGUGAUAUGGGGUACAAAACAUUGUCUAAAUACUAUCAAGAUCUUAUACCCGAUGGCUCCAGUUCUCCUGUAUCAUCAAAUUCAAGUUGGAAAGUUAGUCGAUUUGCAUCAAAUUCUACAGAAACAGAUAUAGCUGGGGUGGUUGUUGUCAAGGAUUUUGUUUCUAGAGCUGUUGUUGCACAAUUUAAGGCCCAUACUAGUCCAAUAUCUGCCCUAUGUUUUGACCCAAGUGGGACACUUCUAGUUACCGCCUCAAUUCAUGGCAACAACAUUAAUAUAUUUCGAAUGAUGCCUUCCCGCUCAAGGAAUGGAUCAGGUUCUCAUAGCAGUGAUUGGAGCUGUUCUCAUGUGCACCUUUACAAGCUCCACCGUGGCAUGACAUCUGCUGUAAUACAAGAUAUUUGUUUUAGCUAUUACAGUCAGUGGGUCGCCAUCAUUUCCUCCAAGGGAACUUGUCAUAUUUUUGUCCUUGCGCCUUUUGGUGGUGAGACAGUUCUUAAGAUACACAAUCAAGACACAGAAGGGCCUGUUGUUUUGCCAGUUUUUCCUCUACCAUGGUGGUUCACUCCGCAUUUCUCAGCAAACCAGCAGCAGCUUUGCCUGGCACCCCCACCUCCUGUUGCUCUUUCUGUGGUUAGCAGAAUAAAAAAUAUUAAUGCCGGAUGGCUCAAUACAGUUAGUAAUGCUGCAUCUUCUGCAGCGGGGAAAGUCACAGUUCCAUCUGGUGCUGUUUCCGCUGUCUUUCAUAGUUCCAUUCCUCAUCAUUCACACAAUGGAUACCAAAACACCCAUGCUUUGGAACACUUAUUGGUUUAUACCCCUUCUGGUCAUUUAAUUCAAUAUAAACUACUGCCAUCAUUGGUGGCAGAGCCAACUGAAACUGCUUCAAGAACAGCCCCAGUUCAUUCAGCACAGAUGCAAGAAGAAGAUUUACGAAUGAAGGUUGAACCUGUUCAAUGGUGGGAUGUCUGUAGGAGAUAUGAUUGGCCAGAAAGAGAGAUAAAUUUGUCAGGGAAUACUCUUGGUGGACUGGAAGCUGCAGAUAUGAACUUGGGUAGUUCAGAUUAUGAAGAUAAUAGUAAUGGGAGCAAUAAUUCUGUUAAACUUAAUAAGCAAUGUCACUUCUCGAAUGCAGAGGUGCACAUAAACUCUGGGAGGAUACCAAUUUGGCAGAAGUCUGAGGUGUCUUUCUUUGUGAUGAAUCCUUUGGAAGCUGGGGACCUGAAUUUAUGUGAACCUCGUACCAAUGGAGAGAUAGAAAUAGAGAAUAUUCCCAUUAAUGAGGUUGAAAUAAAACAGAAGAAUUUGUUGCCUGUCUUUGAUCAUUUCCAUAGAAUUCAGACUUCCUGGGGUGACAGAGGUAUUGUUAUGGGAAGAUGCUCUAGCUCCUCCUCUGAUUCACAUGGAACUGAAGAGAAGGUUUCACAAGUUGCUGCUAUUUCCCAUUCAAAGUUGACGGCAUGUGGCUUUGCUAAAAAAAUAGAUGCUGGUGAUGUUUCAGCAGGUGUCUCAACUUUUUCUGAUGGUGUAACUAGAGAUGUUAAAUCAUCAGAACAUGAAAAAGCCAGUGACAGCUUCAAUUCAAAUUUUAGUGGUUGUGAUGUGAAUAUGAAUGAUACUUGUGAGGAGUCAAUACAGGACUCGCCAGAGUAUGGGCAAUUUUUUCAAGAGGGUUAUUGUAAAGCAUCAGUUGACUGUCACGAAUCAACAGAAAUUGCUACUGAUGUGGAUUGUAGCAGUCCCUGUGGCAGGGAGAAAUCUGAUGAAGAUGGUGAUAAUGAUGAUAUGCUCGGUGGUGUAUUUGCCUUCUCUGAGGAAGGUUGAUGAAUGCUUGUGUUUCAUGCUUUCUUCCCUUUCUUCGAAUUGUUGUAAAUUGGUGGUGUAAAGGAAUUAAUUAACAAACGCAGGUGAUCUUCAAGCUGAAUGCUACUACUGACCAUUGUUUCAAGGAAUUUAAUGUUCUUCACUCACAAUAUUCCUUCCGGGUCCAAUGAUUGUUCUCACCUAACUUUCUUGUAAAUUAUGUAUAUUGGAAUUCAUUACUGCAGAUUAUUUGUGUGGGCAGUACUGGGUGGGUUCUUUAUAUGUUAUUAUUGUUUUAUCAUGUUCAUAGCUUGGAGGGAAAUGGAACAAACCAUAGAGAGAAAAAGGGGUGAGGGGUAGCAGAAAGGAAAAAGGAAAGAAACCAUGAUUACAAAAUAGCUCUCGUUCGUUAUUUACUCUGCUCUCUUUUGUACUCAUUCAUGCAGGAUUAUUCAUAAUUUCCAUGAUGCUCUUUUGUUGGAUUCAA